UUGACAGUGGAGUGGAGUGUACAGGAACAGGAGGAGCACAACACCACCACAGGCCAGACACACCAGAUCUCGUGUGGAGGCAGGCAGAGGCAGACCGAUCCGCGUAGUUGUCGCAGUUUCUCAGCAGCGCAGUUUACUCUACGUUAUUGAAGGUUGAAAAAGCCAAAAUGAAGCUCCUCUUUGUUCUGGCCACAGUGUUGGCCUCGGCUUGUGCCAUCUCAUUCUUUGACUUGGUUAUGGAGGAGUGGGCCACUUACAAGCUGUCUCAUAGCAAGAAAUAUGAUAACGAUGUGGAAGAGAAGUUCCGCAUGAAAAUUUUUAUGGAAAAUAAGCAUAAGAUUGCGAAGCAUAAUGCUAAGUUUGCUCGAGGAGAAGUUGCAUACAAGUUGGGUCUUAACAAGUAUGCCGAUAUGCUCCAUCAUGAGUUUACCCACACCAUGAAUGGUUUCAACCGCUCUGCUCGGCUGGGAAUGGUUCAGGGAGUCCAUGAGAGGAUUGGGGCCACCUUCAUUCGACCAGCCAAUGUUGAGAUUCCCAAGAGUGUUGACUGGAGGGAAAAGGGAGCUGUUACUGACAUCAAGGAUCAGGGUCACUGUGGAUCAUGCUGGUCUUUCAGUGCGACUGGAGCUCUUGAAGGACAGCAUUUCCGUAAAACAGGUACUUUAGUUUCCCUCAGUGAACAGAAUUUGAUUGAUUGUUCGGGCAAAUAUGGGAACCAAGGAUGCAACGGUGGUUUGAUGGACAAUGCUUUUGCUUAUGUUCGUGAUAAUCGUGGUAUUGACACUGAGAACAGCUAUCCUUAUGAUGGAGAUGAUGAGAAGUGCCGUUACAACCCCAAGAAGUCUGGUGCCACUGACACUGGCAUGGUUGAUAUCAAGCCUGAUGAAGAACACUUGAAGGAAGCUGUUGCUACCAUUGGACCUGUUUCAGUUGCUAUUGAUGCCAGCCAUGAGAGCUUCCAAUUCUACAAGGAGGGAGUUUACUAUGAGCCUGAAUGCUCCAGUGAAAACUUGGAUCAUGGAGUUCUGGUUGUUGGGUAUGGAACUGAUGAAGAUGGCAAUGAUUACUGGAUUGUGAAGAAUUCAUGGGGCACUUCUUGGGGACAGGAUGGCUUCAUCAAGAUGGCAAGGAACCGUGACAAUCACUGUGGUAUCGCGGCUUCUGCUAGCUAUCCCCUUGUUUAAGUUGUGUCAUUUGUAUCUUAAGAUUUUGAUCAAAGUGCUGUGAUGAUUUCUGCCAAUGAGGUAGGGACUUGACUUUGGAUAAAUGAUUGUCACUUUCAUCUGUGUGUACCUGAUGUGACAAGUUGAGUUUGUUUUCAUCACUUUGUCAGAAGCAUAUCUUCUGUUAGCUUGAGGAACAAUUUGUCAUAUUUUCUGUGGUUGAAUGCUUUAUUAGCUUUACAUCUCAUUUUUUUAAAUAUUAUGGCAAGUUCUGUGACUUGUAUCUUUUACCCUCUCAUGUGUGAGUGUCUCAGUCAUUAGAUUUUAUGUCUGUAAUUCCAUUCAAUUAAACUCACUUUUUUUAAAAAAAAA